AUGUUCAGAAGCAAGCCGUUUGGAAUAGGAGCGUUCAAAAGCUCAUUAUUUCCUAGAAUAAAACCCCAAUCACAACCAUUGUUCAAAAGAUGUUUAAGCUCUAAAAAUAAUCAACCAAGUAAAGAUCCAAAUAAAAGUGUUAGAUUUCGUAAUUUUAUAGCUAUUGGUAUCAUUUCAUGGGUUAUAUUAGCACAAGUUGUUGAGGCUGUUAAUAAGGAACAAAAAGGUUCAAGAAGUAUGAGUGAAUCUGAAUAUUUCAAACAACAAAUGAAAUUGAAAAGAAGAAAAGCGUUAUUUACUCAAGAAGAGAAGCAAGUUUAUUUUGUUAAAGCUGAUAAGAAUCAAGAUGACUUGAAAGAACUGAAAUUAGAUGGGUUCGAAUUGAUAGAUCCUAGUAAAUUGGUUGAAAGGGAAAAGAAUGAUAAAGAAUCACUAUACAACGCAUUGUUAAACGAUCCAGAUACCAAGACCUUACCAACUGGUUUAUUGGUUGAUCUGAUCUCCAAAGAAUUGAAAAAUAAUGAAUCAAAAAAAUUUGUUGUGAUAAAUUAUCCACCAGAUAUUAAAGAAUCUGUUAAAUUUGAAGAAAAAGCUGUUACAAUUAAAAAGUUAAUCCAUUUAUCAGAUGAUAAAGAAUCUAAAGUAGAAGAUGAUGUUCUCAAAUAUUAUAAUACUGUUAAUAAAGUUCAAACUAUCGAAUCUACAGAAGAUUUGAUAAAAUCAUUGGAAUAA